GAUGACGCAUUUCCGGUGUACGGUGUAGGUAGGGUUGCUGUGUCAGAGCCUUCUGCGCCCCCCCCCCCCGCCUCCCCUCCCCCACUCCCCUCCCGCCUGCUCGGUUCACUCACGAGCACCUCUUUCCUCUCCCCGGUCUCCUGCUCUCACUUGCUACAGUCACCGCAAAAACUCCCGGCGUGUGGGUCGAGAGCUUAGCUGGGGUGGUCUCUACCCGCCCCUUUCCCGGCCUCCCUUUUGGGGAAUUUGCGGGACAAGCACUGUGUCCGUUUCCUGGGAUUCCCCCCCGGGCGCACUCCCUACCCCCCUCCCUUUAUCCCCGCACUGCCUGGCGGAUUCGGGGCCAUGGCGAGCGGCGGGGGCAGGUACCGGCUGAGUUGCUCGCUCCUGGGCCACGAGCUGGACGUGCGGGGCGUGGUAGCCGGCCUUUACCCGCCAGGGGCCUUCGUGUCUGUGUCCCGCGAUCGCACCACCCGCCUGUGGGCCCCGAACAGUCCUAACAGGGGUUUUACUGAAAUGCACUGUAUGAGUGGACACUCCAAUUUUGUUUCUUGUGUAUGUAUCAUACCAUCAAGUGACAUCUAUCCUCGGGGACUAAUUGCCACAGGUGGAAAUGAUCAUAAUAUUUGCAUAUUCACACUGGAUAGUUCAUCACCACUUUAUAUACUGAAAGGUCACAAAAACACUGUUUGUAGCCUUUCAUCUGGAAAAUUUGGAACGUUACUUAGUGGCUCAUGGGAUACUACAGCCAAAGUCUGGCUCAAUGACAAAUGCAUGAUGACCUUACAGGGUCAUACAGCAGCAGUAUGGGCAGUGAAAAUAUUGCCAGAACAAGGUUUAAUGUUGACUGGAUCAGCAGACAAAACUAUUAAACUUUGGAAAGCUGGAAGGUGUGAAAGAACAUUCUCUGGUCAUGAAGACUGUGUGAGAGGUUUAGCAAUUCUAAAUGAAACAGAAUUUCUUUCCUGUGCAAAUGAUGCCAGCAUUAGAAGAUGGCAAAUCACUGGAGAGUGUCUUGAAGUAUUUUAUGGGCAUACAAAUUAUAUUUAUAGUAUAUCUGUUUUCCCAAAUUGUAAAGAUUUUGUGACAACAGCAGAAGACAGAUCUCUGAGAAUCUGGAAACAAGGGGAAUGUGCUCAAACUAUCAGACUUCCAGCGCAGUCUAUUUGGUGCUGCUGUGUGCUAGAAAAUGGUGACAUUGUGGUUGGUGCGAGUGAUGGCAUUAUCAGAGUGUUUACAGAAUCAGUGGAACGGAUAGCCAGUCCUGAAGAACUUCAGGCCUUUGAAAAUGAACUUUCUCGGGCAACCAUUGAUUCAAAAACUGGUGAUUUGGGGGAUAUUGAUGCUGAGCAGCUUCCGGGAAGAGAGCAUCUGAAUGAACCUGGUACUAGAGAAGGACAGACACGUCUGAUCAGAGAUGGGGAGAAAGUUGAAGCCUAUCAGUGGAGUGUUAGUGAUGGAAGGUGGUUGAAGAUUGGUGAUGUUGUUGGCUCAUCUGGAGCUAAUCAACAAACGUCUGGAAGAGUUUUAUAUGAAGGAAAAGAAUUUGAUUAUGUUUUUACCAUUGAUGUCAAUGAAAGCGGGCCCUCCUAUAAGUUGCCAUACAACACCAGUGAUGAUCCUUGGUUGACAGCAUACAACUUUUUGCAGAAGAAUGACUUAAAUCCCAUGUUUUUGGAUCAAGUGGCCAAAUUUAUUAUUGAUAACACAAAAGGGCAGACAUUAGGAAAUGUGAACACUGACUUUUCAGAUCCUUUUACAGGUGGUGGUCGUUAUGUUCCAGGUUCUUCUUCUGGAUCAGACAUGUUACCUGCUGCAGAUCCUUUUACAGGUUCAGGUCGUUACCUUCCUGGUUCAACAAGCAGCACUGGAGUACCUUCAGCUGGAGUUGACCGAUUUAUAGGUAGUGGUGUCUUCCAGUCAGAUCCAUUUAAAACACUAAAUAUAUAUUUUCCCAAAAAGGAAGCUGUCACAUUUGAUCAGGCCAACCUGACACAAAUAUUGGGUAAAUUGAAAGAACUUAAUGGAACUGCGCCUGAAGAACAGAAGUUAACUGAAGAUGACUUGAUACUUCUUGAAAAGAUACUAUCUCUAACAUGUAAUAGCUCUGCAGAAGGACCCACAGCUCACCAGCUUCAGACUUUGUGGAAAGCCAUUAACUGGCCUGAAGAUAUCGUCUUUCCAGCACUUGACAUUCUUCGGUUGUCAAUUAGGCAUCCCACUGUGAAUGAGAAUUUCUGCAAUGAAAAGGAAGGUGCUCAGUUCAGCAGUCACCUCCUCAAACUUCUGAAUCCUAAAGGAAAACCGGCAAACCAAUUGCUUACACUCAGGACUCUUUGCAAUUGCUUUAUCGGCCAGGCAGGACAGAGGCUCAUGUUGGCACAGAGAGAAUCAUUACUAUCACAAGCAAUAGAACUGAAAUCAGGCAGCAAUAAGAACAUUCAUAUUGCACUGGCUACGUUGACUCUGAACUAUUCUGUUUGUUUACAUAAAAACCAUAAUAUUGAAGGUAAAGCUCAAUGCCUCUCAGUAAUCAGCACAGUCUUGGAAGUUGUGCAAGACCUUGAAGCCACUUUUAGACUCCUUGUGGCUCUUGGGACACUGAUCAGUGACGAUUCAAAUGCUGUGCAAUUAGCCAAGUCUUUAGGAGUUGACUCCCAAAUAAAAAAAUAUGGCUCAGUAUCAGAACCAGCUAAAGUAAGUGAAUGCUGUAGGUUUGUCCUUAAUUUGCUGUAAUUGUUUUUACUAUAUGGGGACCUAAAGUUAUGCCUUGAUUAGUGCUUUUUUUUUCAUAUUUUACAUGACUGGAUAUAAUUGAAAAAUACUGUGGAUGAAGUAAAACUUAAUUAAGUUCUGUUGAGUGGGAGGGAAAACAAAUAAAAAACAAUUUUUGCACUAAUCACGAAUUGUGAUACUUUCCUGUAUGGCUGUGGGUAGAUUGUAUAAAACAAAUAAACAUAAGGAAGUUUGAUGAAACAGAAAUUUGUAAAAUAUAGGGGAUAUUUUUAAUCACUACCCAAUCAAAAAAGAAUGAAAGGACUGAUUUGGGAGAGUGUCAUUUGCCUGAAUUUUUCCUUUAUACACAACACAGAAUUCUUUGUUGUUGGCUUUUUAUUCUGGUUCACCAAUUUUCAUUGAUAAUUAUCAACAACAUUGAUUUAUUUCAGAGCUUGAGAAUACACAUUUAAACAUUUUAACUAAGUGUAUUAGAAAAUAGGUAUUGGACAAGGGAGCAUGGUAUAGUGGAAAGAAUACUGGCCUUGGAGUCAGGAGUCCUGGGUUCACAUUUUGCUUUGGAGACUUACUGGCUGAGUGACCUGGGCAGUUCUCUUAAGGACCUUGAAUUUUAAUUUUCUCAUUUGCAACAUAGGUCUGAUAACAUUUGUACUACCGGGAUCAAAGGAUUGUUGUGAAGACAGCACUUUGUAAACAUUAAAUCACUGUGGAAAUGUGAGUUCUUAGUAGAGAAGAUGUUUGUUUUCCAUGCAAAUACGUGGAGUAAAUCACUUAAUCUCAUAUAUGCUGUAUAAUUUCAGACAAAUCUGGCACCUAAAAUUGUCCCAGUCCUGCAUUCCAGUCUUGUUUUCCCUGACAUUAUUUGGAGUAUUUGAUUUUUCUCUCUAAUUUUGACACCUGCUAGUUUAUGCCAGGUCAUCAGUUUGUUCCAAAUAUAAACUGAAUUUUAGAUGGCCAUUGCUGAAGUUAAUGCAAUAACUGGUUAUGGUUUGAUGAUGAUUUGUCAAAGAAAGGUUAAAUUAUACUCUCCAUGCCCAUCCACAUAAACAGAGAAGUCUACGUUUAUAUAUUAGUGGAGAAAAGCUUUUUUUUCUUAGUAUGUUAACACAACUAUUUUUAUUUUAGUUACAAUUUGCAUGCAUUCAUUUGCACAUUAUUAUAGAAUUAUGUGUCCUUGAACUAUUUUCCUGGCUGUCACAGAUUUUUAAAAUUGUUUUUUAAACUUCAUGAGGCCACUUUUUUUCUUAUUUAAAAAAAAAUCGCUGAUGCUUUUUGCACCAUAGUAAUUUUCGAGUAUUACCUAGUUGAAUGUUGUCCUAAUGUUGGAAAAACUGCUAAGUAAAAAUGACCAGCUUGUCCAUAGUUCU